GUUAAUUACUCAGCUUUAACUCUGCAAACCUUCAGUUCCUGGCGAUGAUCUUGAGGGAUUUUUACCAGUACCAAUCAUACCUACUAUUCCAUUUUGAUCUUAAUCUUGCUGAUGAUGAUGAGAAUCUCAUUGAUUUCUUAUGCUCUCCACUUCAACUUGAUAGAUCAACGAUUAAUCCCGUCUACCAUUCUCGAUUUCAACAUCCUCCUCCUGCGGUUACUACGGUGAAUUGUUCAUCACCAGCAAUGUUGAACAAUAAUGAUAAUAAAGAGAACUUCAAUGACCAAAAUCUAAGCUUAAGUGAAGAUCCACAGCAAACAAAAAGGAGUACAAAAACGUGGGGGAUGCAAUUUAAGGAAAAGUUUAGCUUGACGAAGGUGUUGGUGCAGCUGACCAAGGCUCCGUCUGGAAGUGUGUCUCCUGGUGGUCCAAGACCCUCCACUUUAUCUUCUCAAAGGAGGCUUCUGAAUUCAUGUACACUAACUGCCGACAAAACUGCAGGACUGAGAAGAGGGUCUUCAUUGAUUCCCGAGAAGAAACCUAAUUCUGCAUCCUCCUCCUCCAGUAGGCCAUAUGUAAUCCGUUCAAGUAAAACUUCGGCAAGGAUGGGAAAGUCAUAUCAAUAUGAAUUUCUCGGAUAAUAAUAAUAGUAACUGCUGCUUUAUGGCGAGGAAAUAUCUGAACAACUUCUCUCCCCCAUCUCUUAAAUGUUUUGUGUAUGUUGAACAGGUAAAUUUGUCUAAAGAUAAGCAUUUAUCAACUGAUUUACGGCCUCGACAGUCUGUAGAAGGUACUAAGAUUGGUCAGAAGACGACUCCACAUCCUGUACUUUGUGCUGAUAAUCAUAAUGCCGUUACUGAAUCUCGUGCUGAAGUUGACAAUCCUGCGGCACACAACACCAACUGUAUUAGUGAGGAUAUUCCAAAUCCACUAACUCAACCUACAAAAGUAACCGGUUUGCUGAUGCCUUCACCAUCCCUUCGAUUCUUUGAUCAGCCAAAAUCUUCAGCUUCUCACAGUAAUCAGUCAGUUACCGCUCAAUUAAGCAAUCAUCGAGCAAGCAAAAUGUAAUCAAUCGAACCUUGUUGUGGACCCCAAACGUCUACUUAAACUAGAUGAGACUGCCAGACUGACAAAAGCUGAAACUACUAAAGUUGAAGUUAAUCCCCUAGGCUCAACUUCGAAGUGUUCAGUUCCACCAGUCGCUAGUAUUUGCUUCAUAUACAAAGCUGAAACCAAAUAUUGAUCAAGGAAUGUGCAGGUUGAUGCAGAUGUGUCUGCUUCCAUGAGUUCUUUUUAACCAAACAAGUAAUCAAGAGGAGUCGCACAAUCUUAAUAUUGAAAGCAGGAGGUGAAGGAAGAAAACACAAGAAGUCCAAGAUAUGCUUUGCUGAGAAACAAGUUGAACUUGCAGGUGCUUCUUAAGUCUGCCCACUACAACUUGAGGGGGACUUAUAGCACAUAAUAUGAGUUUCUAAUCUGCUAUGUCCAUUUUGCCUUGUUUUCUUUCUCAUCUCUGGCUUAAGAGUUCUCUAUUCCCGUCAGAUAAAUGCGGAACGUAAUUUUCGGUUACGCUCCUUGUUUGUACUUCUAAAUGAACUUCUAACAGACAAUGUUCUCUUAGCAUACGCAAUUUUUCGCGCUCACCAAA